GUGACACCGAGCUGCAGUAGCAGAUUGCGGAAGUAGCGUGGAGCAGCCUUGGCUUGGAUUGUGAGUUUGUUUACAGGGGAUGUGCAUGCUCAGCCUCCAGUCUCAGAGCAUUUAUCCAGGAUUAGGAUGCAACUACAAAUGUUAUAGCACGUUAAUAGCCUAUUACAUUAUAGGAAUGCCCAUUGUAGUCAAUGCUAAGUAACUUUACAAACUCCUGUAAUCUAGAUACCAAGGGGUUUAAGGAACUACAGCUCCCUAGAUGGAUUUUCUCUAUAAAGACUGGCAGAGCAUCAUGGGAGUUGUAGUUCCACAGCAUGGGUAUUGGGUAAGCUACACCUGGUCAUCAUCUAAAAUAUUAUCUGUUAGAGUUUUGCCAGGGGUUAGUCAAAUGAUGGACACCUGGCUGCUGCAGUAGCCACAAAGAUUUACUCAUAGGAUUCUGCUCCAGCUAGACAUUGUUUUGGGCACCUUAAUACAUACUUGGCAAUGUUAAUUGUUAAUUCUGCUGAGAGAGAAGUGGGAGGUUAAAAUCAACAUUGUGGACUCUUGUGUAAAAUAUCAAGUAAUAUUCUGUUCUCUACAUAGUUGCAUUGUUAGAUUAAUUAUAACUGUGUAUCCAACAUAUAUUUACCUUUUACGAAAUGUUCACCAGCCAUUAUUAAUAUUAUUGGGCUCUAGCUAGAGUUAUAUCUGCUGUUCUAGAGAGCCCAGACUGAUAUUUGUGAGAGAUUUCAGUUAUUCUCCCCCUCCUCCUCCAUUUCAUAUUGGAAUACAUAAAUGUAUGGAUAAUACAUUUAACAAUUUGGAAAUAAAGGAUAGUUUUAUGGCAAGAAAUGUUUAAGUGGAUGAGAUUCCUAGUGCAAGUCAUAUGAUUGCCUACAGCAGACAGUGGCAGAUUCAGGUGAAUUUGAGUCUUACUGGAAGCUGGUGCUAACUGAGGUAUCAUUCAUUCCCCACUAUGUUCCCAAAUGCAUGCAUCCAAGUUGCUAAUAAAUUGCCAGGCAACCUACCGAGUAAGCCUGCUAAACAUAAAAGGAAAAAAGGGGCAUAUGUGCUCAACUUUAAUAUAUGUCACAAAUCUUGUUGUGCUCCUCCCAAGUUUGGCAGCAGAGAUGGGCCAUCCUAUGUUAAGCACCUCUUACAAGUUGAUUACCCUAAUGGGUCUUUGCACUAUGUAUCUAGAGAGUUUGCAAUCAAAUAUAUGUGUGUGUAUAUAUUUCAUGAGUUUCUAAGACUUGGGCAGGAGGAGGUUUGGGAGCAAAAGGUAAAUUUAUUUUAGUACUUCUCUUAUGGUCUGAUUAAUUAUAGUAUCCCUUACAUCUGUUUGCACUUGGUGACCAUAACUUCUUAUUAUGUUCUUUUUUUUCUUAGGGCAUGCCUGCCACAGCUUUGUUUUGUUUUAAUGACUUGACUUGGAAUUGUUUAUUGUCCCCUUAUUCUUAAUCUACCCUUCAUUCUUUGUGACUCUAGAACAUUAAAGCCCAACCUUGACCCCCAACUCCCCAUCCAACUACUGCCCUAUAUCGCUACUGCCAUUUGCCUCCAUGAUCCUUGAGAGAGUUGUGUAUGCGAGAUUGACACACUUCAUCGAAUCCAACUCUCUGCUUGACCUGUUUCAGUCUGGAUUCCGCGCUCGUCACUCUGUUGAAACAGCUGUGACCAAAGUAUCCAACAAUUUAAUCACUCUUAAAUCUCGCGGCCAUUGCUCUAUCCUAAUUCUCCUUGAUCUUUCUGCUGCCUUUGGCACUGUUGAUCAUCAACAGCAUCUUCUCAUUCUCCAUAAUCUCAGUCUACAAGAUUCUGCUCUCUCCUGGUGCUCCUCCUACCUCUCCCAGCGGUUUUUCAUUGUUUCUUUCUCUGGCCUUGCCUCUUCUCCCCAAUCCGUCUCUUUUGGCAUUCCCCAAGGUUCUGUCCUUGGUCCCCUACUGUUCUCUAUCGACACUGCCUACCUUGGUAAACUCAUCAGCUCCUUUGGCUUCCAUUAUCAUUUAUAUGCAGAUGAGACACAAAUCUACCUGUCCUGAUCUCUCUCUGCCCAUCUUGACUCGUGUCUCUGACUGCCUCUCUGCGAUUUCCAACUGGAUGGCUGCUCACUUCCUUAAACUCAACCUGUCCAAAACAGAACUUCUGGUCUUUCCUCCCGCUGCAAUCUAUAAUGAAUGCGGUGUCAAGGCUCAUUUUCCUGUCCGCCCGCACCUCCCCCCUCUGUCAGUCCCUACAUUGGCUUCCAGUUAGAAAUAGAGUUAAAUUUAAGAUUCUGGUGCUUGCUUACAAGUCCCUUCAUCAGGGCUUGAUAAAUUUGUUUGGAAUCUAGGAGCCAGCUAAAAAAGUUAGGAGCCAGUUUUUUUUUUGUUUUGUUUUUAGGGGACAUUAUAGUCACCAGAACCACUACAGAUGAAUGUAGUUAUUCUGGUGUGUAUAGCCUGUCCCUGUAGCCUUUUAAAUGUAAAUGCUGCCUUUUCAGACCUACUAAGACCUCUAGUGACAGUCACUCAGCCACUAGAGAGUCCUGUGUCAGUGCUCUGCAUGGAGGCGCGAAUGUUACCCAUAGAGAACAUGCAUAAUAUCCUCCCAAUGCUUUACUAUGGAAAAGCAUUGGCUAGCUGAGAUCGUUAAGAUCAGCUAUGGAGGCGGGACAAGCCACGACAAAACCAGCACGGCGUGGGAAAAAAUGUGAUGUGAUCGGAGGGCAGCAGGUACCUAAACAGACACACACUCUCUCACAGACAUACAAACUAACAGACAGACAUACACAUGUACACACAUUGACAGAGGCCUACACACACACACACACAUGUAUACACAGACAUAUACAAACACACACACACUGUCCCUAACACUAACAAAUUUAUAUUUUUAAUUCUAAUCCACCCAACCUCCCUACCUUUGGGAGAGCUGAGUGGACUUUCCCUGGGGUCCAGUGGGGUUAUCUUCUUCCUGGGUGCAGGGAGCAGUGAUCUUCCUGCAGCUCCUCUCUGCUCCCUCGCACUGUCUGCAGUGAUGCCGGGGCCGGAAUGACAUCAUAUUCCUGCUCCCGGCAUUGUUACACAGCACAAGGGAGCAAAGAGGAGCUGCAGGAAGACUGCUCCCUCGCGCGCUGCCCCAGCCUGCCACCUCUAUGCUCUCCAGGGUGGUCUGCUACAUGCUCCCUGAGCCGGCCGCCUCCAUACAGCCAAGGGGGGACGGCUACAAAGCUCCCUGAGCCGGCCGCCUCCAUACAGCCCAGGGCCGGCGGCUACAAAGCUCCCUGAGCCGGCCGCCUCCAUGCUCCCGCUGGCGGGCAGCCGGCUGGCUCCGUUGUUGCUGACAAAUCCCAGGUGCCAGGGAAAAAUUUCUAGACGCCCUGGCGCAUGGGAUUUGUCGAGUCCUGCCCUACAUAAUGCUGCUCCAACCUACCUAUCCUCCCUAAUACACAAGUAUGUCACGUUGAGGCCCCUGUGCUCUGCCGAAAAACUACAUCUAUCCUCUGUCUGUACUCCCACAUCUGAUGCUCGCCUCCAAGACUUCUCCAGGGCUGCACCUUUUCUGUGGAACUCCCUUCCCUUCUCCGUAAGACUUUCACCCAGUCUCCACUCCUUCAAAAAAUCUUUGAAAACACUUCAGGAAAGCAUAGAAUUUAAACUGUUAGCGGAUUUUCACAAAUCCUUGAAUGCACGAAUCCAGUGAAUACUUUUCUAGCAACCUAUUUCAUUACCCCUACGUAUACCCUUUGUGUCACUAUACCCCACUCCCUCUAGCAUGUAAGCUCAUUGAGCAGGGCCCUCAACCUAUCUGUUCCUGUACGUCCAUUUGUCUGGUUACAGUUAUGUGUCUGUUAGCAUAAGGCUACGGAAUUUGCUGGCACUAUACAAAUAAUAAAAUAAUAAUAAUUAAAGGCAGUACAGAUUGUAAAAAGUAUUUGUAUGACCAACUGCCAGAGAUGCUAUACGGCUGAUUCCCUGUCUGACUCGGCAUCUAACUGUAUAGGUUGUUCAACUAUACCAUGUGGUCCAUCCAUUUUGGAGUGUUCUACCCAGAGGCAGGGGAACAACUUCCCAUAAGGAAUAUGUCCAGGCAGCAGAGAAGCCAUUUAUCAAAUAUCGUUAUGAAAAAUGUUCACUGAAAAAAAGAGCUCUACAUAUACUGUGUGAUUUGUAUGAUCUCCUCAACCUAAGAUUCAAGUUGCUGUGUGAUGUACAUAAUAUUAAGCCCUGUUUUGUUAUUUGUAAAAUAUUUAUUUUUAUAUAAAUUAUUAUUUAUACAGAUUUUGUGAGCAUCAGUUAGUAGGCAAGACCAUUUCAUGGUAUUUAUUUGCUAACUUGUUCUUCAUCCAGCCACCUUACUUUUUGUGUGUGUGGUUUUUUUUUUGUAGUGCCUGGCUAUGAAGUGCUUUUUGAAAAGUGUUGAUGGAAGACAUGAUCCCAUUCCUCUUCCCGAUGGUGUUGAAGUUAUUCUUGGGAGAGGACCACAAACUUGUAUAACCGACAGGAAAUGUUCUAAAGAACAAGGUAGGCCUUUGGCAUAUUAUCAUUACUUUCUUUAAUUUUACAUUAAUUUCUCCUAGUUUCAUUAGAAAAGUUUGUUUUUAUAGAACAGAAUAUAUAAAGAAAUUUAAAGCCCCUAUUAAAUCCUCAACACAUGGGGGAACCUGAUAAACACCUCACCUUAUUGGACACGCUGUUUUGUUUGCUUGGAGCGGCUUCUAUACCCUCCAAAUAAAUGUGAAUGUUAUUUAUUAAAUCAUAUAUAUUUUAAAAAGGAUAGUGAAGUUAGAAUAGUCGAGGUGGUAGGAUGAAGUGAAAUAAGUGAGAACCAUUUUGGAUAAUGGACAUAAAGAAUCAUAGUCAGUAAAAACAAGUUUAAACAUAUUUUUCAUGUUUUGGAUAAAAUUGCAAAAGGAAGUUUACAAAUUACACAUAUUGCUUCUUCAUCCUGAACCCCAUCUUAUAGUUGAGGUGUAGAGGGUUUACUCAAAAUAAAAAUCAAACAAAAAACAACUGUUUAUGCUACACUAAAAGGUUUCUCCAGCCCUUCUUCUUUAUGAAACCAGUAUUUUCAUUUAGAAUGCCCUCUUGAGAUCCUCUCUUUACAUAGUUAUAAAACAAAGUAUAAACUUACCCUGAAUCAUGGUUUCCAUGCCUAUGUCGGCCACAGCUCCCUUGCGCAUGCACACACUCUUUCUUUAGUGGGGAUAACCGAGGGAGAGAGAGAAAAUUGGAGGAAUUCGAGUAAAUGCAGGGAGGCAGUCAUGCCGGGAGGACAGCUUAAAUGAAAGAAGGGAAAGAAAAGCAAGCUUUCCCCUACAUGGAACUGCAUAAGAUGUAGACGCUCAUUACGUCUGUUGCCAGUAUGCAACUAGUCACAGGCACAAAAGUAAACAUUACUGCCAUGACCACUUCUAAAAGCAGACAUGGUGAUAGGGGUUGGUGUAAUCCUUUAAACAGUCAUACUAAAGGUUUGCAGAAGCCAGUCACUAAGUGUGCCACGGUGUGUAGGGCCAUAUCUUGCUGUGCUUCUAAUCUUUAUUGCAGUGAUUAUCAUUUUCUCCAAUUUGUCCUCAUCUGGAGCAGGUUAGAGUUGUUGUCAGUAACUGUUACAGAGGCAUAGAUUUUCCUUUCCUGAUCUGUAUAAAUUGUAAGCCUUCUGAAAAGGUUUGACAUAUAUUAUAUACAUAUAUCUCAUAUUUCUUAAAACUUCAUUCUGGGUUUAACAAGCGUAGACAUGUAUUAAAUAUUUAAUCAGUAGAGUCAUAUAUCUGUUAUUAAAUGCAUAAUCUAUGUAUAAAAUGGCAUACGUGCGCAAACUAAAUUAUGGAAGCACAAAUUCUAAAGGUUACAGUUAAUGUAAUGGGAAAAUAAGUCAUUUUCCUGCAACAACCUAUUCAAGUAAAACCAUCUAUGAGCAUUAAAGGGACACUAUAGUCACCAGAACAACUACAGUUUCAUCAUGUUGUUGUUGUUCUGGGGUCUAUAUGUCUUUAUGUCCCUGCUGGCAUUUUAAUGUAAACACAGUCUUUUCAGGGAAAAUGCUGUGUUUACACAACAGUCUAGGACAGGGGUAGGCAACCUUCGGCACUCCAGGUGUUGUGGACAACACCCCCCAUAAUGCUGGCAUCAUGGGAGGUGUAGUCCAAAACAUCUGUCAUGCCGAAGGUUGUCUAUGCCUGGCCUAGGGAUACCUCCAGUGGCAAGCACUCAAAUGGCCACUAGAGGUGCUUACUGGAUCAGUGUCUCCACGCUCGGCAUGGAGGCGCUAAACUUUCCCCAUAGAGAUGCAUUGAUUCACAGCGUCUCUAUGAGGAGAUGCUGUUUUGUUCUGACCCCAGCUCCAAUCCUUGGCUGAGAUCAUCAGAAUUGACAAUCUCAGCCAAUCCAAUGCUUUCCUAUGGGAAAGCAUUGUGAUUGGCUGAAAUCAUAAAUUCUGAUGAUGUUAAGGUAGCAAAAGGACCCAAAAAUAUAGUUUAACACAAUAUGGUCAGGAAUACAUGUUUGUGUUCCUGACCCUAUAGUUUUCCUUUAAUCAAAAGAUUCUUAAUAAUUUACGGUACUCCCUGUUAGAUUUUAUUUUUAGGACACCCAUAUUAACACCUUUCUCUCCAAAUAAAAUGUAAUUAGCUUCAAAAUAUUUAAGAAAACCAAAAUUUGCCUUUCUUUGCUGCUGUAAUUGUGACUGUUACCAAGGCCCGACUGUUGUAUAUCCCAUAACCAUGUAUGAAAACAAAGAGAGGCUUCCAAAAAUAUCCAACAUCUAUCUGCAAAACAAUUGGAGCUCCUGUGCUAUGUGCAAUCACCUUCCAAAUAAAUAGUCUAGAUUUCUGUUAUGCUUGCUUUUAGUUAAAUUUUUGUUUGUUUUUUUUUGCACAAGUUUCAUUAGCCUUGAUUUCCAUUUACUCAAGUGCUUCUCAUUCAUAGGUUCUUAUUGCUCAUAAAUAAACUAAUUGGUCAACAUGUAUUUAUAAACCAGGUGAGGAUUUUGGUGCAGUGAGUUUCGACCAUUUAUAAUGAAUAGGUUUAUGGACAAGAUACUCUACACAGUGUUACCUACGGAAAGAACGUAGAUAGUUAUGGUGAUUCGAGUGCCCCUUUAAUGAUUUAUGAAAGUUUGAUGUUGGACACAUUCUUUUUAUUCAUUUACACCGCAAUAUACAUUUUUAAAAUUUAUUUUUUAUUACAGUUGAGCUUGUGGCGAAUUUUGAGAAACGAGUGAUACGUGUCAAACAGGUAAGGGUUAAUAUUUCAGGUUAGUAGAUUACUUUUUUUUAAGAUAUGUUUUCAAAGAAUACUCAGUCAAGAGAAAGUUGCUACUUAGUGGCAUCUUGCAGCAUGAGUAUGAUUGGGUGCAGAAGCAGACAGUUAUUGCUAGACAAAUAGCUGACUGUGGUUUGUAGACUAUUUGUACACAUUUGUAGACAAAGCACUAAUACUGUAUUUAGUACUGCUUAUGGCAAAAGCUCAGGAGUGCUUUCGAAAAUUUAGUGACAUCAAUUACUUCCUGGAUUGGUGGAAUGCCAUCAUUAAUCAC